GCAUGCAACUGCGCAAUCAUCGAAGUACGCCAAAAUGGCGGCUUCAGGAGCCGUUGAAACUCGUGUGUUAACAUACACGAUCCACAAAUGUUCCAGCUAUUCUGCAAACUAUUUGCCCACGAAUAUUUUGGAGGACAAACCGAAUGACCAGUCUUCGAGAUGGUCUUCCGAUAGCAACUACCCUCCGCAGUUUCUUAUACUGAAAUUGGAGAAGCCAGCUAUUGUUAUGACUAUCACAUUUGGAAAGUAUGAGAAGACCCAUGUAUGCAAUCUUAGGAAGUUUAAGAUUUAUGGUGGACUGAAUGAUGAACACAUGACUGAGUUGUUGCAAAGCGGAUUAAGAAAUGAUCACAUAAAAGAGGCAUUUGAGCUUCAGCAUGAACUGGAUGGCAAAAUGUUCCCUUGUCAAUUUAUAAAGAUUGUUCCAAUCAUGUCAUGGGGACCCAGUUUUAACUUCAGUAUUUGGUUUGUGGAGCUUUCGGGAGUGGAUGAUCCAGAGAUUGUUCAGCCAAGUCUUACGUGGUUUAAUACUUAUCGUGAAAGAGAAGCCAUACGUCUUUGCUUGAAACAUUUUCGACAGCACAACUAUGCAGAAGCUUUUGAAUCCUUGCAGAAAAGAACAAAAAUCAAUCUUGAGCACCCCAUGCUGACAGAACUCCAUCAGAAACUGGUGAUAGAUAAUGACUUCGAUGGAUGUGAGAAAAUCAUAGAACAAGCUUCAAAUGAUGCAAUUUUUAGUCAUUAUAUCAGUCAGCAAGAUUACAAACCCAAGUGGAAAGCGAUAAUUCCUCUUGCUGCUCAAAAUGAUGAUAGCAGUAGUUCACGGCCGGGUAUGAGAGGUGGGCAUCAGAUGUCAAUUGACAUGGAAUCUCAGGUGAUUUACCUGCUUGGUGGCUGGGAUGGGAUGGUGGACCUGGCUGAUUUCUGGUCAUUUACUGUGGAGUCUUCUCAAUGGACAUGUCUGUCACGUGAUACAGAGCAGGAAGGUGGACCAUGUGCCAGGUCUUGUCACAAGAUGUGUCUGGACGGCAAGAGAAAGUUGAUAUAUACUUUGGGAAGAUACUUAGACUCAGGAAUGAGAAAUGUAACACCACUUAAGAGUGAUUUUUAUGUUUAUGACAUAACCAGAAAUCAAUGGACGCUUAUCAGUGCAGACACAGCAUCUGAAGGAGGGCCACCUCUUAUUUUUGACCAUCAGAUGUGUAUUGAUGUUGAAAAAAGCACAAUUUAUGUGUUUGGUGGUCGUGUACUCACAAGCUCAAGUGGAGACGAGAGAGCACAGGAAACCCUAUUUAGCGGACUGUACUCGUACAACUGUCAAACAAAUACCUGGAAUAAACUCAAGGACGACUGUCCUGAGCUGCGAUCAAGGAUAGGACACUCAAUGUUAUUUCAUCCGGAGAAAAGACUUCUAUAUAUUUUCGCUGGACAAAGAGGAAGAGAAUUUUUAAGUGACUUUAUAACGUACAAUGUGGACACCCAUGAAAUAUCAUUUAUAUACGAUGGAAGCAAAAAAGAAUCGGAUCAAGUUCCUGCAGCAGGUUUUACUCAGAGAGCAACAAUUGAUCCUGGACUUAACGAAAUUCACGUAUUAUCUGGUCUCAGUAAGGACAAGGAAAAACGUGAAGAAACAGUCAGGAAUUCUUUUUGGGUAUACGAUAUGGAACGAAAGUCGUGGUCUUGUGUUUACAAGAAUGAGAACAUGGGUCAGCAGUACUGGACCAAGAUGCAGAAUGUAGAGCCUUGCCCUCGGUUUGCACAUCAGUUGGUGUAUGAUGAUAUUCAUAAAGUACAUUACCUUUUUGGAGGCAAUCCUGGAAAAUCCAGCAUACCCAAGAUGAGACUCGAUGACUUCUGGUCGCUGAAGUUGUCAAGACCUUCAAGAGAACACUUAUUAAGAAGAUGUCGAUACUUAAUUCGUAAACAAAGGUUUCAGGAGAUGGCUGCUCGUGACCCUUACGAAGCUCUUCGUUAUCUGCAGCACGAGCUCUCGGAGACAGUCGCCCAUGAUGAUCCGGACGAGAGUCAAGAGUUUCGUCUUAUUGCAUCCAGUCUAUUUUCUCAGUCAGUCUCCACACAAGAUCGAAUGGAAACUGACGCAGACUCUCUAUCGCCGCCAUUAAAUGACGGUUUUGCUGGAAGAACUCAGUUGUUUGAUACAUUGGUGUCUUUCUUCCCUGAACACAUGACACAACCAAAAGGAAAUCUUGUAGAUCUCAUCACUUUCUAACAUUUCGGAAUAUCCAGUGAAUAAACAGCAAUCAAGAACCACGGAAUUGAACAAGAUCGAUGAGUAAUGAGCGGCCCUUUCAAAAUAAGAAGCAAAAACUGCUUUUAACAUAUCCGUGAACAGGAUUGUUCUGCUACACAGACUAUGGUUCUGAAACAAGUUAGAGACAGGUUACUAUUGAUCACCUGGGAGGGUGGGUGGGAGGAUUUUGAUUGUGUCUCUUAAAAUCCUCCACCCCUCCCCCUCGGCCAUUAAUAAUUACUUGUCCCUUAGGUUCAGGUCAACAAUGCAAAGCUUGUAUUUUGUAAUUAGUGUGAAGUAAAACAAAUUUUUUUCCAGGA